AGGCGCACGGGAUCCAGUCAAGGCAAGCCCUUGCUCUGUGCAGUAUUAGCUACAAUUAACACUGUUGUUCUGCUCUCUUGUGUCGAACAUGGUGAACGAUAUCACAAGUACCAUCCGCUGGCCCUCGCUCUACAAUCCAGGUAUCGAGAUUAUCAACAUCGCAAUGAGCAACCCCACCCGUACUGGAGGAUAUUACUUACUUCGUGAGGAGGAUGUAUUUCGUUUUACGCUCUACUGGACGCUUAUUUUUCACCUGCCUUUCUCUUUAUUCUGUGGGAUAUACGCUUUCCUCAACUUCACCCUUCCUCCCACUUCGUCUCCCCAUCCCUCGCCAUCACAUACAGGGCUAGAGUCUUUCCCCCUCAUACCUACCACUCCAAAGCCAUUGUCUCCGCUUGCUAUGCACCCAAGCCCGGAUAUGGACACGGCCAUGAGUACCAGCCCCAAUAUCCGUCCUUGGUCGCAGCCACGCAUGAACGUCCGCCGCUCCCGCCUUACCUUUGCCCUUCUUGUCCUCUUCGCAUUCCUCUUCUUCAGCUUCGUGGGUGCUAUAAUCAGCGCAGCUGUAGUCGGAUUUCUCAUAGUGGGGGUGUACAAAUCAGGCGAAUUCUAUGUGUCGACGUGGGUCCCAUUUAUAUGGGCUAUAAUUCAGGGUCUAAUAUCAUUGCUCGGGAUAUGGCCAUCUGUUAUCGACAUUAUCUGACAAGUCUACUCCAUUCGCCUCGUCGUUGUU